AUGUCUGCCCACAAGCUCGGAGAUUUUAAGCCUGAUGUGCCGCAGGACUUCAAGGUCGCUACUACUACCGGCGUGGAUCUUGAUCGGGGGGACGCAGAAAUGAACUUAACAGAACGAGGGAAAUUAUCAGAGAAAGAUUACGCAAGUAAAAUUCAAGAUGAAGCGACUCUUGCUGUGUUUGGAAAAAAGCAACAGCUGAAGCGACGAUUUAAAUCACUAUCUUCCGUAGGCUUAACAUGUGGUUUGAUGUUAACAUGGGAAGUCAUCUUGUUCACUCUUCAAUUCGGUCUACAAAAUGGUGGCCCUGCUGGCCUCAUCUACGGAUUUUUAGCAGCAUGGUUUGGGUCUAUGCUCCAAGCUUUGGUCAUGGCUGAAAUGGCAUCAAUGAUUCCUCUCGCCGGUGGUCCUUUCAAUUGGGUUGCAAUAUUGUCUCCUCCCUGGUGCAAGAAGUUUCUUAGCUACUUGGCUGGAUGGCUUACCGUUAUCUGUUGGCAGGCUUUUGUGGCGGAAACAUGCUAUUCAGUUGCUUCUUUGAUUCAGGGUAUCCUCAUUCUCAACUACCCGGAAUAUGAUCCGAAAUUGUGGCAAGCGACCUUGCUGUUUUAUGCUAUAGCUCUUUUCGGAGUUUUCAUCAACACUUUUUUGGGUCGCCUGUUGCCGCGAAUCGAAGCAAUGAUGCUCAUUUUGUACAUUUUGGGAUUCUUUGGCGUGCUCAUCCCAUUAGUCUAUUUGUCGCCUCAUGCACCUGCUGAAAAAGUCUUCACAACCUUUCAGAAUCUGGGUGGAUGGGACACUCAGGGCCUCUCAUUUUUCGUGGGAUGGAUCACAUCGGUCAGUUCUUUUGUGGGUAAUGAUGGAGCAGAUCAUAUUGCCGAAGAAAUUAAUCAAGCUUCCGAGGUCAUCCCGUUCAGUAUCUGGUUUUCGACAUUGUUUAAUGGCGCACUAGGAUUUUCCAUGAUGAUAGCAGUAUUGUUCAGUAUCCAAGACAUCGUCGCUGCCACCGAAACAGCUACUGGAUUCCCCUUCAUGGAGAUUUUCCAAACAGCAUUAGGAUCGACAUCAGGAGCCAAUGCACUGUGUAAACGUCUUCUCCGUCAGCAGUGUCAUAACUGGAGCGUCCCGUACCUUGUGGGCCUUUUCCAGAGAGAAUGGACUACCCUUCUCUCAUCUUCUAGUCAAGGUGACAAAAAUGGUCCCAUAAAUUCCAUGGUUCUAGAACUGACGAUGAGCAUCCAGGUUGACCCCAAAACGCGACUACCGAUCAACGCAGUCAUAGGAACACUUAUAGUUAAUGUUCUCCUGGCACUAAUAAGUGUUGGAUCAACCACAGCUUUCGGAGCCUUUUACUCGGUCGUGUUGGCCGCUUACCAGUCCUCUUUCUUACUGGCCGCAACUGUCAUGUUGAUAAAAAGAUUAUCGACACCUACGACCGAAAUGCCAUGGGGUCCUUUUCGACUCCGGAAACUAGGUAUACCCAUCACUAUUGUAGCCAUAAUUUACACGGUGAUGGCAUUCUUUUUCUCAUUCUGGCCCGCCUUCUCAACGGUUGAUGCAGCGAAUAUGAACUGGAGCUACACAAAGAACCCCGAUCCCCGACCAAUAACCACAUCUUCGAAAAUCCUACCUAGCAAUCAACGAGACCCACAACAAUAUGCACAAUCCACAAAUUUCACUCGCCAACUCCAAGUUCCUUCACAUCCGUAUCUCCAGCGUAUCACAUACCCAGCUAGAAUGGCAACAGCCUAUUUAGUGUACCAGCAGCUCGGUACAGGCCAAUCAACCCUUGAUCCGAAGUGA